AUGCCUUCCUUUUUGAGAGUGAGAAAGCUAAAAGUGCCAGUCACCGGUUGCUCUUCUGGACUGGGCAAAGCUCUUGCACAGUACGCCUACGACGCGGGGUCUAUCGUUGUAGCUACAGCUCGGAAGCCCGAAACACUCUCAUACCUACCUGACGGCCCGAGAGUCCUGAAACUUUGUCUCGACGUAACUUCGAAAGACCAAGUCGCCCGGAUCGUCCAGGCUGCCGUUGAUAAGUUUGGCUGCAUAGAUGUUGUGGUCAAUAAUGCAGGGUUCGGUGUGACCGGUGAUACCGAAGUUCUCCCCGAUGCCGAUGCACGCGCGCAGCUCGAGACCAACUUCUGGGGUGCCGUCAACGUCACCAAAGCGGCUUUGCCGAUUCUGAGAGAAACCAAUCCGCCCGGAAAGGGUGGUCUGUUCAUGCAGAUCUCGUCUGUGGGGGGCAGAGUUUGUUACGCCGGUUCGGCUUUCUACCAUGCCAGCAAAUUCGCCCUCGAAGGAUUCACAGAUGCUCUUGCGAAAGAGAUGCACCCAGACUGGAACAUCAAGUUCACCAUUAUAGAGCUCGGCGCUGUUGCAACCAACUUUCCGCAGAACAUGGUAUUACCUCCACGGCACCCGGCUUAUGAGGACCCAGCUUGUGGAUAUAAUGCGGUCAGGGCCUACCUGACCAGCGCAGCAAACGCCGUGCAGUGGAGUGAUGCAUCAGUCUGUGCUAAAGUUCUCCAUGAGCUUGCAUCCAAAAGGAAUCACAUCACUCCACCUUUGAGACUUGCCCUAGGCGCCGAUUCUUGGGCCGUUGUCAAGGCCGAGCUUGAAGGUAUUAUGAAAGAGCAUGAAGUCUGGAAGACUGUGGCGGAGAGCACGUCCCAUGCCGAGAAUACACGGGCAACAGAAUUCUUGCUCAAGUCAGUGCGCUAG